AUGUCGAGAACCAUGUCGGACGGAAGUGAAGAUUUCAAUGGCAACAUCUCCAGGACAGGGUCGCACCGCCAGACAGACCACCAUGGAUACAAGGUCAGGUUCCCGCCGGCGAAGGGCCUCUUCACGGAGUUAGCCGAAGGGGUGAAGGAGACGUUCUUUGCCAACGACCCGCUGCGGGAGUACAAGGACCAGCCGAGGUCCAAGAAGCUGUGGCUCAGCCUGGCACACCUCUUUCCGGUGCUGGACUGGGCCAGGAGCUACACCUUUGGCAUGUUCAAGGGGGACUUUGUCGCCGGCCUCACCAUCGCCAGCCUCUGCAUACCUCAGUGUUGCCGAUAUGCGUUUGCAGACAGUAGCUUCGUUCCACCUCUGAUAUACGCUGCGAUGGGCACUUCCAGGGACAUAGCAAUCGGUCCCGCGGCCGUCCUGUCGCUGUUGCUCGGGACUCUCCUCCAGGAAGAGAUCGAUCCGGUCAAGAAUCCAUAUGAGUACAGCAGGCUGGCGUUCACCGCGACAUUCUUCGCAGGGGUCACUCAGGCAAUGCUCGGAUUCUUCAGGCUAGGGUUUAUCAUAGAGUUCUUGUCUCAUGCAGCCAUUGUUGGUUUCAUGGCGGGUGCGGCCAUCACCAUUGGCCUUCAACAGCUGAAAGGCUUCCUUGGCAUCGCAAAAUUCACCAAGAAGUCUGACAUCAUCUCGGUCAUGGAAUCAGUAUGGGGAAAUGUACAUCAUGGGUGUAACUGGCAGACGAUAUUGAUUGGGGCAUCCUUCUUGGCGUUUCUUCUAACAACCAAAUACAUUGCCAAGAAGAAUAAAAAGCUCUUCUGGGUUUCUGCAAUCGCUCCGCUCAUUUCAGUGAUCAUAUCCACCUUCUGUGUGUUCAUCACCCGUGCAGACAAGCAGGGUGUUGCAAUUGUCAAGGAUAUAAAGCAAGGCAUCAACCCACCUUCAUUUCAUCUCAUAUAUUGGACUGGCCCAUACUUGGUGAAAGGGUUCAGAAUUGGUGUAGUAGCUGGAAUGGUCGGCUUAACGGAAGCUAUUGCAAUUGGAAGAACAUUUGCUGCCUUGAAGGACUACCAAAUAGAUGGGAAUAAAGAAAUGCUGGCCCUAGGAACGAUGAACAUUGUUGGUUCAAUGACUUCAUGCUACGUAGGCACAGGUUCAAUGUCGCGAUCAGCAGUCAAUUACAUGGCUGGCUGCAAAACAGCCAUAUCCAAUGUUGUUAUGGCAAUUGUCGUGAUGCUUACGCUGUUGUUGGUCACUCCAUUGUUCAAGUACACGCCCAAUGCCAUUCUAGCCUCUAUCAUCAUAAAUGCGGUGGUUAGCCUAGUUGACUAUGAAACGGCAUACCUUAUCUGGAAGGUUGAUAAAAUGGACUUCAUGGCAUUGCUAGGAGCAUUCUUUGGGGUCGUAUUUGCAUCAGUGGAGUACGGCUUGCUCAUUGCGGUUGCAAUAUCUCUUGGCAAAAUUCUUCUCCAAGUAACACGGCCAAGAACAGCUUUACUCGGUAACCUUCCAAGAACAACAAUCUACACAAAUGUUGAACAAUACCCAGAAGCUACCAAGGUGCCCGGGGUUAUGAUUGUCAGAGUGGACUCAGCCAUCUACUUCACAAACUCCAAUUAUGUUAAAGAGAGAAUCCUGAGAUGGCUGAGGGACGAGGAGGAACAACAGCAGGAACAGAAGCUGUCCAAAACAGAGUUUCUCAUUGUUGAGCUAUCCCCGGUAACUGAUAUCGACACAAGUGGAAUCCAUGCCUUGGAGGAGUUGCUCAAAGCGCUUGAAAAGCGCAAAAUUCAGCUGAUACUCGCGAAUCCCGGGCCAGCAGUGAUCCAGAAGCUGCGGUCAGCAAAAUUCACGGAGCUCAUCGGCGACGACAAGAUAUUCCUGUCCGUAGACGACGCAGUGAAGAAAUUUGCUCCAAAGUCAGCCCUGAACGUGUGAAGAAAGUGCGCCUCACAAAGUGAUGUACAUGUGAAGCAAAGAGAUGUGUUGGUGCUGUUUUUAUAGAGCAAGGAGUAUACAAGUGAAU